UCCAACUAUUGCCCGGACAAACCCAUGCAGCAUCCAGGUCCCACACGGUCUGAUAGAGAGGAAGGAGAGUGCGCACCGAGUACGUAGCGGAAAGGGGGAGCAGAGGUGGAACAUUUGCGCACAGUCUUUCAAGCCUGGAUUGUUCUUGGCUCUUCUUUGGAUAGUUUGGACAUUUUUCUACACUCUUUGCCUCUUGGAAUUUGAUUCUGAAUUCUUCUCAGCACUUAAAUGACAACAUUAAAUAUGAUUUCCUCGCACCUGUUCCUGCUGAUGUUGAACUGUUUGCUGGCUGCUGCAUCGGUAACAGGGGACAGCAGUUUCCUCCAACUGUCGUCAGAUCUUUUUUCAAGUGACCUGGAUGAGGACAUUGUCUCCCAGCAUAUGUCCAGAUUGUACGAGAAAUACAACCAGGAAAAUCGCCUCAAAGAGGGAAACACUGUCAGGAGUUUCAGAGCCAGCCAAGACUCUACUGACCACAGGAUGAUGUACCGACUCAACCUAACAACCCUCCAGGACUCUGAGGUCAUCCUCUCUGCCACAUUUCACUUCUUUCUUGAUAGGCACCCGAUUCCAAAACCCUGGUUCUGUAAACGCUUCAAGAGCCCAUCCUGCCGCUCUGCAGCCAUCCUCCCUUCUCCGUCCGUCAGCUUUAUACUUCGCUCCAUCUCUUCUGGGUCAGAUGCCAGAUCUAGGUCAGUAGGGUCAUUUCUAGGCAAUAUGACCUUCCACCCCCACAGGAGAGGGGUGUGGCAGAUGAAAGAUGUGACCCAGGUCAUAAAGGAAGCAUGGGACAAGGGUCAGCUGCUGGUGUCAGUUGAAUUGGACGUAGGGCAGCAGCACCAUAAGAAACCAGAGGAGACUAUCUCUGCUGGCAGCAUGCCCUACCUGUUAGUGUAUGCUAAUGACCAAGCCUUAUCAGAACCUAACAGUGUGGCUGCAAGCCUUCAGAGGUAUGACCCAUUUAGUGAGGGAGGAGAGUUCCUGCAAAGGCCUAACUCCUCACCAGAUGUGAAAGGACGAGUAAGAAGGGAAACAAAUCUGCUCUCUGAUCCCAUCCAGAACAAUGAGCUGCCUGAGGUCGACCACUGGCUCAAUGAAUACAGGAAAGAUGAUCUGUGGGAGAGCAACUGGUACCUUGCACUCAAACCCAAACCUAAAUCAGAGAAGAAGGAAAAAAAGAAAAAGAACAAUGAGAAAGAUGGAGAAGGGAAAAGCAAAGGAGGACAUGAACUUCAGGUUCUCAAAGAAAUAACGAGAACAUCACAAGGGGUCAAAACCGAUGAUCCUAAUGUAAAAAGGCUCAAAGAUACUCGCUUACGUGCCAUCAGCGACCGGCAAAAAAAUGAGCGGAGAAAUGAGGGAAAAGUUGGAAAGAAACACAAGGACAGUGCUAACACUCAGUCACCUGUUUUAAGUUUUGAUGAGCAAACAAUGCGGAAAGCCAGAAGACGGCAGUCCAGCAACGGCCAGCACAGAGGCUGCUCCAGGAGGACCCUUAGAGUGGAUUUUGCAGAUAUUGGGUGGAGUGAGUGGGUCAUAGCCCCCAAGGCCUUUGAUGCCUACUACUGCUCUGGCGCUUGUGGUUUCCCCAUGCCGCAGGUGGUGAGGCCAUCUAACCACGCCACCAUCCAGAGCAUAGUGCGAGCCGUUGGGAUCAUCCCUGGGGUUCCUGAGCCCUGCUGUGUCCCAGAAAAUAUGAGUCCUCUGGCUGUGCUCUUCCAAGAUGAAUCCAGGAACCCAGUACUCAAGGUUUACCCCAACAUGACCGUCCAGUCCUGCUCCUGCAGAUAGGGAGGUGGCAGAGCACAAACUGGGGUGGCUGAGGAGAACAACUAAAAAUAACACUAAUGGAGACAGACCUGUGCAUCUGUUAUGUGGUUUCCUGAUCCUGAAAAACAGUAAUUUUGCCUAGCGAUGUUCUUUAAGGAACAUAGGCUGCAGAGAAAUCACUUCCAUCUCCUCUGUCCUACGGCAGCAGACUUGAAGAGACACAUUGUCUGGCAUCUGUGUUGGCAGGAGAAACACAUGAAAAGUCAGCAUGCCGCAUGCCUAAGAAUCCUGGUAAUUUUUAUGCCAUGUUUGAAAUAAUAUUGAGGAUUUCUCAGACCAGAACAUUUGAAGGAUGUUUUCUUCUUCAUUGCAGAAAGUUUUGCAAACAACUCAUGGUGAGUUUGCGUCCAUGACUUCUUUGAAUACAAAGAAUACAGAUAAAAGCAAAAUUUAGUAGUAUGUCAUCGAGCAGCUCACACAGCAGCAUACAUAUGAAAGAGAUUAUAAAAACAUUUCUAGAUUUUUAUUAUGCGUGUUUACAAUAGUACCUUCGACAUUGUACAUGAAUCAUUCAUUUAUUGCAAGACAGCAGGGUUAUAGUACAUUCUUGCUGUUUAUAUCAUAAAAGGAAUUUUCCAAUGAACUGUAAAGAGCACCUGGGAUUCAUUUACACCCCCUCCAACUCCUCAUAACUCUUCACGAAUGUUAGAAUGAAACCAUAAAUAUUUUCCUAUUUUGAAUGUGAAAUAUGAUUAAACCUGUUGUCAUAGUUACUAGAAUUUUAGAUGAGUUUUUUGUACAUGUAUAUUGUUUAAAUUAUGAAAAGUUAGCUUUCUAUAAGUUAGAAUAAAAAAUAAUUUAAUCCAGUGGUCUUUCUAGUAUAUUAUUGUUUCACACAGGAUAUGUUUUUCUUGGAAAUUACUGUGCAUAACGUUUGAUUUGUGGGGUGAAAUUUUCUGUCACAACAAACCUAAAAAGGGCACCACUGUUCCAACACAGCUUAGCACAAAAGCAGGAAGGUUCCACUCAAAAAUAGCCAACAUUCCCCGAAGGCUCCUUGAACCCAUUUAUACCCCACACCAAAGGCUGUCCAGCAAAUAAUGUGACGGAUGCAGCCGCAGUGGAUUAAUGGAAGACGCAGGCAUGCACCUAUUAGGAUGUCAGCCACUUGAACUUCAAAACAUAGUGCACUUCCCCUUUUCUGCUCAUGCCCCCCCAACCCGUCAUUCAAAACUAGAGCAUUUUCAAGUGCAGGGCUUUCUUCUCAGUACCUUCUUUUCACAGAUGUUCGCAGACAGAUGACCUCAACCUCUCUGACUACGCUGUUUGUCGCCUCUAUUCAGAAGAGGAUCAAGGUGACACAUGUGGUGUCUAAACAAUGUGUCAAACUGACAGUGAAAUGAUAGAGGAAACCAUUUGAUUGUCGUCCCAUUACUUUGUGGCUGUUUUGUCUGAAACCUCAAAAAGUUGGCACAGUGUGUCCACAUCUGUUUUCAGCAACCAAAUACUUUGAAGUUUGCCACAACUGGACAGUAAAAUUGCCUGAAAGACAGAGACAUUCACUUGUGGAAAAGAAACAAAAGAAUGAAACCACACAGCUUAUUGCAUUAGAAAACACUUCUAUAAGUAUUUUGGCAUGUACGCAAAGUGCUUGAAGAGCAUCAUUUCCAUAAAUCAUUUGUCCAUUCUGUUCUUCUCUACAUUGUUUUGUCCACUUCAUGCACAGAUAUUACAUUAUGUAUUCACUAUCUUUGAAAGGCUUUUUGUUUGUUUGUACUGUUUUAUAGAUAAAACAAAUUAAAGAAGGUUUCAUUGGUAGUUUACAACAACAGAACAAAACCCCUUAAUAUGAAAGAAAACAAGGAUAUAGAUAUGAAUAUAACUUACAUUUGUAACAUUACUCCAAACUCUGGUCUUCCAGUAUAUUCAUACUAAUUAGCAGGAAACAACUGAGAACCAAAUGAACCCCUCAUCCAAAACUUACUUUACUAAAAUAGUUAAGCAAUUUCUAUUAAAAAUGUUUUAAUAAAGCAAGUGAGGGACAGCAAAUCAUUAUUAAGUUUUUAUUUUAAGACAUAUGAUAUUGAAGACAAUUUCAAGUUACAAGUGAACAGACUGGAAAAGCCUCUAUCAUUUAACCAUAUACACUUUCAUUCAUUCAUCUGUGAAUGAAUUGCAUUAACGCUGACUUUCUUGCUGUCUUCAUGCGAGGAUCUUGAUAGCAUUAAGCCAAUUAGCACAAUACUCGACACUCACUGAUCACCAAAACUGUUGUUGUGAAGCAAAGGCAGUAAGACAUAAGUUGCUAUUUCUGUUAUCAGCUUGGGAUUAUUUUCUGCCUUUGUAUUUGUUUAACUAAAGCGGUUCACCACACUCAGUAACAUGAACAUAUUCACAAAUUCUGAUUACUCAAUUUUUCUCUGAUAUUGGAUUUUCUGGUUAUUUUCCAGUAACUUGUCAUUGCUUUAUUGUAGUUAACUUCUUGAGAAAAUGUGUUAGGUGUUAGCAGUUGGUUCCUCAUUUGCUUCUUGUUGAUUAGUUAAAAUUGUAUGUACUUUCAUUUUAAUUGUUAGCUUGAACUUUGUUAAUUGUAGGUGAUCUCCGUUUAACAAAUAAAUCAUCAACAA